ACUCCUUCUUCAGUUCUCUGCAUCUCUGGUGGUUUACCCAAGCCUACAAAUAUCACCUUCUUAUCCAUAAACAUGAGGAAUAUCCUACAGUGGAGUCCACCGGAGGGCCUACAAGGAGCUGAAGUUACUUAUACUGUGCAGUAUUUCAUAUAUGGGCAAAAGAAGUGGCUGAAUAAAUCUGAAUGCAGAAAUAUCAAUAGGACCUGCUGUGAUCUCUCUGUGGAAACUUCUGAUUACGAACAUCAGUAUUAUGCCAAAGUGAAGGCCAUUUGGGAAACGAAUUGUUCCAAAUGGGCAGAAACUGGACGAUUCUAUCCAUUCUUAGAAACACAAAUUGGCCCACCAGGGAUUGCUUUGACGACAGAUGAGAAAUCCAUUUCCAUUGUUCUGAUGGCUCCAGAGAAGUGGAAGAGAAAUCCAGAAGACAGUUCUCUUUCCAUGCAACAGAUAUACUCUAAUCUGAAGUACAAUGUGUCCGUAUAUAAUACUAAAUCUAAUAGAACGUGGUCCCAGUGUGUGACCAACCACACGCUGGUGCUGGGCUGGCUGGAGCCAGACACCCUGUACUGCGUCCACGUGGUGUCUUUCGUCCCAGGGCCUCCUCGCCUUGCUCAGCCUUCUGAGAAACACUGUGUCCGGACUUUGAAAGACCAAACAUCAGCAUUGAAGGUUAAAAUCAUCUUCUGGUAUGUUUUGCCCAUAUCUGUUACCGUGUUUCUUUUUUCUGUGAUGGGCUACUCCAUGUACAGAUAUAUCCAUGUUGGCAAAGAGAAACACCCAGCAAAUUUGAUUUUGAUUUAUGGAAAUGAAUUUGACAAAAGAUUCUUUGUACCUGCUGAAAAAAUUGUGCUUAAUUUUAUCACCCUCAAUAUUUUGGAGGAUUCUAACACUUCUCAUAAGGAUGUAAGUGUAGGGGAAAAAAGCAACGAGGUAUGGGACCUGAAUGAGCCCCUCGAGGACCAGGAGUCACAUCAGGAGGAAGUGGAGGUGAAACACUUAGGGUAUGCUUUACAUUUGAUGGACAUUUUCUGUGACUCUGAGGAAAGCACCAAGGGUACGUCCCUGACCCAGCAAGAGUCAAAGGGCAGAACAAUGCCCACAGAUAAAGCUGUCGUUGAAUACGAAUAUGCUGUAAGAACUGCUGACUUCUGUGUGGGGCCUGGAGAUCAAGAGCUCAAUCUGCAGGAGCAGGUGUCCCUCCAAGGACAGUUCUGUAAGCAACAGGCAGCUUUGGUAGACCUGGGCUCCCAAACACCACUGCAUUCCUAUGCCCCUCAGCUGCGAGACUUGGACCAGCUGCUGCAGGAGCACGUGGACACAGCAGAGGAGCCAGACGAAGAGUCAUCGACCACACUGGUGGAUUGGGACCCUCGGACUGGCAGGCUGUGCAUACCGUCAUUGCCUAGCUUUGAACAUGAUUCACAGGGAUGUGAGCAGCCUGAGUUCAAGGAGCUCACGGAGGAAGGCCUCUUGUCUAAACUCUAUGAGGAGCAGACUCCAGAUGAGCCAUCGGAAGGAAACGAAGCCUAUCUCAUGAAAUUCAUGGAGGAAUGGGGAUUAUAUGUGCAAAUGGAGGACUAA